AUGUACAAACGUACCCUAAUACUAAGGCAUUCCAAUCUACCAUUUCGAUGUAUGAAUAUUAUUAGAAACUAUAGUAACUCACAACCAUCAGAUAAUAAGUACAAGGAAUAUGAUUUUAUAGUAGAAGAAAACAGAUCACCACAAGAUAUUGUGAAAAAUUAUCUAUCACCAGAACAAAUUGAAGGGCACAUUGAAUCAGAAGGAGUAUUACCAGCACAAGAAAUGUCUCCAUUUAGAAACCCUGAUGGAACUUUUAUUAAGGGGAAAAAUUCUGCUGAGGCAAGAUUAGAUGAUCGUACAUUAGAAGGCAAAAUAGAUCAUUCAAUCACAAACUUACCCAAUCGUAUAGCCAAGGCAAUACAAAAUAAUAUAAUCAAAUUAUCCAUCCCUGCUAGAUUACGUACUCGAGUGGCCCACAUAUAUCAAAAUUUACAAAAGAAUCAAAUUCAACAAGCUCCAUCGACAGCUUUGGAUUGUAAUGCUCAUAUUGCAGCAUUAUUUUUGCAAGAUUAUAGUCAUGCAAAACAAGUAUUAUCGGAAUUACAAAGGCGAGUUGGAAAAGAUAAGUUCAAACCUCAAAGAAUAUUAGAUAUUGGAUAUGGUCCAGCUACUGGUAUUGUGGCGUUAAAUGAAAUCAUGGGGAGUAAAUGGGUGCCUGAAGAAAAGGAAGCAUAUAUUGUUGGUAGAAAAAAUAAUGAAAUGAAGAAAAGGGCAAAAAUUAUAUUAUCAAGGCAAUUAAAUGAAAACUAUUCCGGCAAGGAAGUGAAUCUUGACGAGCAUGUGGCACAGGAAGAAUGGCAGGUAGAAGAUGAAGAAGAAGAAGAAGAAAAUGACUCGGAAGAAAAUGAUUAUGUGGGUCAUAUUGAUGUUAAGAGACUCCAUAUUCGUACAAAAUUAAGAGACACAUUACCAGUAACUAAGAAAUAUGAUUUGAUUAUCAUUCAUUCUUCAUUGUUAUCAAAAGAAUUUAAUUUUCCAAAAGAUGUUGAUGAUAACAUUCAUAUGGUGUUACCUUUAUUGGCUCCAGGUGGACAUUUAGUGUUAAUCGAACGUGGUAAUUCUGUUGGGUUUGAAACUAUUGCCCGUGCUAGACAGAUUAUGAUUAGACCGGAAUCAUUCCCACAAGAAUUAGGUAAAAUUCCUAGACCAUAUAUUAAGGGAUCCAAAGGUAAACCACAGAAAAUGAGAAUGAAAAAAGAAGAUCAAUUUAUUACCCAAGAAGACAUUGAAUAUGAAAAAGAGUUAUUAGCUAAAUUAGAUUAUCAAGAAGCAUUAGAAAAAGCUCGUGAAAUGGGUGAAGAUUUUGAAAAAGAAUUGAAUGAAAAAUUUGGUAGUGUAUCUGAAGAAGAGUUGAAAUUUGACAAUGAAGAUUCUGAACAACUUGAAGUAUUUGAUGUAAACACUCCACAUGAGGAAAUGUAUGAUAAAGUGGAUUAUCAUUUAUCAGUGAUUGCACCAUGUCCACAUCAUCGUAAAUGCCCAUUACAACUUGGUGAUCCUAAAUAUUAUAAAAUUCCUGAUCAUAGACAUCGAUUGAAUUUUUGUUCAUUUUCCAAGAUUGUUUCUCGUCCACCAUAUAUUUUAGAAUUGAAGAAGGGGAAAAAAUUGGCCAUUCGUUGGGAUAAAUCGGCUGAAGAUGGUAUUGGUACCAUUUCUAGAAAUGCUGUAAAACGUUUGGCUGGAAGUGGUAGACCUGGAGGUCGUGAUACCGAAGUUGGGUCAUAUUCUUAUUUGAUUGUUGAAAGAAGUGCUAAUGAUCUGGAAACGAUUAAAAAAAUUGAAGAUCUCAGAUCAUAUAGUGAUAAUGUAAUCGAUGAAAAUGAUAUCACUAAUUGGCCACGUAUUAUUGCCACACCAAACAAGUUGAAAAGAAAUGUUAAAUUGACUGUUUGUUCGACUGAAGGUAACAUUGAAACUUGGCAAGUACCAAAAUCAUUGGGGAAACAAACAUAUCAUGAUGCUAGAAAAAGUCAAUUAGGCGAUUCUUGGGCUUUGGGUAGAAAAACAAGAACUAUUAAAAAUCAAAUUCCAGACACCGUGAAAGAAAAAUUGGAUAUAUUAUACAAAACUUCUAAAAAGACAUUCAAAAAGGAACAACAGAGGAAACUUUGGAAGAAGAAAGUUGGUAGUAGUGCUGAAGAGUUUGAAGAUGGCUUUUAUGCAACUGAGGUUAUGGCCUCUCAAUUGGAGCAUUCUAAGAAAUAUAAGCACCAAGGUAGACAAGCACAAUUCGAAGAGGAUCCAAGUAAAUUUGAUGGUAAUUAG